AUGGAAGAUCCUUACUCAUCAGACAAAUAUCUUCAAUCAUUUCACGAUGACAUGCCGCCAUCUAUCAGUCAUCAUCAUCGUACUUCUAAAGCCGUUGUUGCAGACCAGUUUUUAUCUUUCCUCGACAAUUCUCCAUUGCCAAAGCAAACCAAGCCUGUGCAGGUUGAUUCAAGUGUAGAAGACAAGACGUUGAUUGAAGUUUCCUCUACAGGAAAAGACAAGACAUCUUCAACACCUUUGUCGGAUACCGAACAGCUAGAGAAGGCAAAGAAGUGUGAGUUUGUACAGGGACUGUUGUCGUCAGCCAUGUUUGAUGAUGGAUCCGACUUCUUCUGA